AUGGCACACUGCCCCAAAAAUGAAUACUUUGAUAAUUUGCUGCUCUCUUGUAAGCCUUGUCAUCUUCGAUGCUCUAGUACACCACCGCCUUCAUGUGAAAACUACUGUGAUAAGAGUACUGAUUCAAGUGGAGUUCUUUGGAUUUGUUUGGGUUUAGGAUUAAUUUUAAUGCUCACUCUGUUCAUCUUAAUGGUCUUGUUUAAAUGGAAGCACCUAAAGCAACUAAAAGAAAAACUGAAAAACACAGACUCUUCUGUGGAGCUGAAUAAUAUUCUUAAGGCUAAUAGUGAAAGCAGUGUGAAUACAGAAGGAAUUAGACACCCGCUCCAAAGUGAAACAUUAAUGUAUUCAGUGGAAGAAUGCACUUGCAGUGACUGUGGCUUGGUAAAACCUCAGACUGGCUGUGAAACUUCAUUUCCAUUACCAGCUACAGAAGAAGGAGCUACUGUUCUAGUUACCACAAAAUCUUUUGAUUAUUGCAACUAUAUUCUGGGUGCUGUGUGA